UCUUCCGCUCUCAUACCUCAUUUCAGUUUCUUGUGCAGGUUCAGGUUUUUGUGUCGGCUGGUUUCCCGCACACGCUAGUUUUUACCAGUUGGACUAAAUGCGCAGAACUUACCUCAAACUUUGUCAACAACAUAAAACAGCAUCCAAACAAAAAGGAACAGAAUGGCAAUUUGCAAGAUCCUCUUUUUUCUUCUUGCACUGUGUAUAUGGUGUGGGAAAUGUGAUGUGUUUUAUAAGCAAGUCGGGGAUGAGGUUUCCAUGAAGUGUGGAGUGGAUUCAAACAGUAAUAUAGAAUGGAAAUUUAACGGCGUGUUGAUCUUAACCAUUGAUGGCAAAAGUGGGAAUAGACGGAAGGGUCUUUCCCAUAUUGUGUUAAAAGCAAGUGCAUCUGGAGACAUUUUGAAGGUUCCUAGACUGGAGACAAGAGACUCUGGAAACUAUUUCUGUAGGCAGUCAGGGAAACAACACAUAGUCCAUGUUGUGUCAGUCUUUGUUAAACCAGGCCCAGUGCUGCUGCAGUCUAGUGAUGCAGAGCUGCACUGUGACAUUACAGGAGACCCAAACAAGGAAGUACAGUGGCUGAGACCUAAUGGUCAAACAUAUAAUGAAAAAAAUCAAGUAAUUCACCUGAAGUCUGUGACUUCAAAUGAAGCAGGCCAGUGGACGUGUCUAGUCAAGGAUGACUUGAAGCUCAGUGUAACAUUGACUGUUGUUGGUCUCCAGACCACAGCUGUUAAUGCUUCUAAAGGGGAUGACAUAGAGCUGCCCUGUUCUCUUCCUCAGAGUGUAUUUCAGCGUGUUGUGGGUGGGACAUGGAAGGCUGGCCACCUUCCCAAAGUCUCUUUCCCAACCCUGACGAACACACCAAGCAAAAUCUUACACUGGAAUGGCAAGGAUUUAUCAAAAGUCAACUUUACUACUGGGCAACUCAGCACCAACUUUGAUGUCACGUUGAAAAAUGUGCAGAGCACUGAUGAAGGGACGUUUGUGUGUACAGUGGAGUUCGACGGUGAGGUGCGUCUAAGUGUCGAGACGACUUUGAGGGUUGUGGACAAACAUUCAGGUGGAAACGGGUCCACUAAAAGGAAAGGGAAACCAAAUGCAGUUAUGGAAUCCUUGACCAAGGAAGUGUAUGGUCUAAAGCUGUGGAUCUGGAUUGCUGUGGGAGCCAGUUCUGUGUUUCUGAUCGGACUUAUCAUCGUGAUUGGUGUUGUCAUACAAAGGAACAAACGGAUGAAGAAGAGGGUGAGGAAGCUGAGAUCCAUGCGGCAGCCUCUUACAGACAAAGACUACUGCCAGUGCAGCAGAGCUGAGAAAGAAGUGGAGUUGGAAGAGCAAGCGAGGCCACUUCCAGUUCCCAGACAACACCGCAACACACGUACAGCAGGCCCAAACCAUACCAACUGAGAGGAGCAGAGCGCAAGACGGCUAAAAAAACAUACCAUGCUGGGCCUGUGCUUUUAAAUGUGCUUCUUGCUUAAUGAUGCCAAAUAAGACAUGCACUUUUCAAGAUUUGCUGUAGAAAUGGGCGAUGAAUAUGUGGUUUACUUUACAUUUAAAACAAAUUCUGUUGCAGAGUCUAUAAUAUGU